AUGAAUAAUUUUAUUUUUGCAACCAUUAUAUUGGCCAUGAUUUCAAUGGUAAAUGCUAAAAAUGCAUAUAUGCCGUGCGUUACUAUAUACCCUUCUAAUACACUAUCCCUUGUAACACUUUCACCUGAUCCUGUCGCUGGAAAACCUUAUGAUUAUACUAUUUACACAGUUCUAGAUAAAGAUGUCACAAGUGGUGACUUAUUAGAAGUCGAUAUUGUUGAUGAUAAAUCAAAUCCUUUAUCUGAUCCUUUUACUAUGGAUAUUUGUUCUAGUACUGGAAUUAAGUGUCCAAUUAAAGCUUUAACCUUAAUUAAACUUUCAACGAAAGUUCCAAUACCAGCCACUUUACCUACUGCAUACCAUUUGAUAGUUACUAUUACUGAUCCUAAUAAUAAAACCAAUCCUUUAGCCUGUGCAUAUUCUUAUCCGAGUAAAUAA